AUGCAUGCUCGCAUGGCGAAUCCCGUCCUGUUACACCCCCCCCUCCCAAGCCUCUCCUCCAUUUCCCCCUUUCUUUUCCCCUCCCUCUCCCCCCAACCUCCCCCAUCCCCGCCUGCUGCACAUCACAUGCUGACGUCAGUGCAAGCAUUAUGGGAUAUGCAGACGUCAUGGGGGGUGGCAUUCGACCAAUGGGACACCAACGGAGACUGCAGCAUCGCCUACAACAUAUCAUGCAAUGCUGACGGCAUGGUGACGUGGAUAGACAUCUCGGGGCUGAAUCUGGGAGGGCCUCUCCCCGCCACCAUCGGUGACCUAGCGGCUCUCUCACACCU